GUCAGCUCACUAGCAUCGUCCAGCGUUGGACAAAUCAGAAAGUGACAGGAUAAUGUCCUCACAGAAACACAAACUGUGCGACGCAAUCCCUCCACACACCCUGACACGGCUGGCUCGCCAGUGGCUGGACGAGGACACGCCGAGCUUUGAUGCGGCGGGAGUGUGCGUGGGGUCCCAGGAUGUGGAGGCAAAGCUUCUGUGUAAAAGUCCCAACAGUAUUUUGGCAGGAAGUCCCUUCUUCACUGCGGUUUUCACUGAGUUAGGCUGCACUGUCCAGUGGAUUCACCAGGAAGGAGCCCAGCUUGGCUCAGAGGCCGUCACCUUGACGGCUGUGGUGCGAGGCCCGGCGCGGAACCUGCUCCUCGGCGAACGAGCCGCUCUCAACUGCCUGGCGCGGGCGUCUGGGAUCGCCACUCGCUGUUUCCAGCUCCAGUCGCAGGCAGCGGCAUCAGGUUGGCACGGAGAAGUGGCGGGCACACGGAAAACCACACCAGGGUUCCGGCUGGUGGAGAAGUACGCCAUGCUGGUGGGAGGGGUGUCCACGCACCGACAUGACCUGAGCGGGAUGGUGAUGCUCAAGGACAACCACGUGUGGGCCUCAGGCAGCAUCACCGAGGCAGUGAGAGCUGCUCGCUCUGCAUGUGGCUUCAGCACCAAGAUCGAGGUGGAAUGUGGCACCGUGGAGGAGGGCAGAGAGGCAGCUACCGCUGGAGCAGACAUCGUCAUGCUGGACAACUUCCAUUCCCAGGAGCUGCAGGCGGCGGCUCAUGCUCUGAAGCAGGAGUUCCCAUCCCUGCUGCUGGAAGCCAGUGGAGGCAUCACUCCUGAGAAUGUAACCUCAUAUUUCUCUCCUCAUGUGGACAUCGUCUCGUUGGGCUGCAUCACGCAGGGCUGCCCGGUCGUGGAUUUCUCUCUCAAGGUUCAGAAACCGCAGCCACGCUUUUAA